CUAAGGGGCGGAACUCUUUAAAAAGUGAACCCAUACAACAGCGCAGAAAAGAAGUUGAACUUUCCUGCAGAGUAUCAACGUUCUCAGAGCAUCAUACGCACAUCUUGCAUUUCUGGUUGGAUACUAACUGCAUUGCAUUGGCACAAUGGCAAGACAGUUGAAUCUAAUCUGAUUAGAUAAGGGUUAACACAUUCAGGGCCCUCCCUACAGGCCAAUCACGCAGGCUGCAUGGGGCCCGCCUUGCGCAGGGGGCCCCGCCCGGAGGGCCUCAGCUGCUGUGCGCAGUUCCGCUCAGUUCUCUGCGCACCCCCCGCGAGAGUGAGAGUGAGAGGUGACAAGGGGAGCACGUCUGUAACCCGACACCGUUGCAAUGAAUCGACAUCUGACCAAUCACGGCUCUGAUACGGCCACUAGUGCAGGUGAAGAGAUGUUGGUGAAAAGACAGUUUCAGUCCGGCACAAGCAAGAGGGGGAAAAAACAAAACAUGAAGAAACUAGAGCAUCACUCGAAGGCAGUGCUAUGGCUAACUCAUCUAAUCAUGAUAUCAAUGAGGUUCCAGGGAUGAUAGAAAGAUAUGGACCUGCCGCAGCAGCUAAAAAGAUCAAGGCCAUGUUGGAAGAGAAGAACAAUACUCCACUAAACAUCGGCAUCACAGGAGAGUCUGGCACUGGCAAAUCCUCCUUCGUUAACGCCUUUAGAGGCAUAGACAACAGGGAUGACCUCGCCGCCCCUAAUGGUGUUGUAAAAACCACCAUGGAGCCCAAAUCAUACCCCCAUCCAAAAUGGCCCAAUGUCAAAGUGUGGGAUCUUCCUGGUAUUGGCACCACCCAUUUCCCAGCUGCCCAGUACCUGCAGCAUGUUCAGUUUAAAAGAUAUGACUUCUUCAUCAUCAUCUCAGCUGAUCGCUUCAAAGAAAAUGACGUAAAACUUGCUCUGGAGAUUCAGAGGAUGGAGAAGAAGUUCUACUUUGUUCGCUCAAAGAUUGAUGAUAACAUGCGUGCCGAAAAAAGAAGUCAGAAAGAUUUCCAGCCUGAAAAGAGCCUGUCAGCAAUCAGAAAGAACUGCAUUGAAGGUCUUGCAAAAGAAGGUAUACGGUCUCCACAAGUCUUCCUGGUGUCCAGCUUUGAGCAUCACCUGUAUGACUUCAAUCUGUUAGAGGAGACGCUGCAGAGAGAGCUUCCUGCACACAAGGGAGAUGUUCUGCUGUUAGCCAUGACCAAUAGUAAUGUUGAGAUCAUCAAGAAGAAGAAAGCGGUUCUCCAGUCAGAAAUCAACCACGUUGCCUGGUUAUCUGCACUAGCAGGAGCUGUACCUGUGGUCUCUUUGCUUGCUGAUCUAAACCUACUGGUUAGUACGGCCAAUAAGUACAAAGUUACUUUUGGUCUUGAUAGCAAGUCACUGCAGAAUCUUGCUCAGAGUGCAGGUGUGCCUUUGGAUGAUCUCAGAUCAGUGCUGAACUCCCGUCUGGCUUUAGGGGAACUUAGUCCAGGUCUUAUUAUUGAGAUGCUGGAGUGGUCUCUUCCUCAGAAGGUGGGAGCGAAUUUGCUCAGAUUCAUUCCAAUAGUUGGAAACAUAGCAGCAGGAGCCCUCUCUUUCAAAUCCACGGUGAAAGCUCUCAAUGAUUUCCUCAACAUGCUCGCUAAGGAUGCAGAGAGCGUAUUCAAAAGAGCCCUGAACCGUUAAGUGUGAUAUUGUUCAGGGAAGGGUGUGGCACUUGAAGGUUUCCUGCAGUGAGUGUUAGAGAACCCAAACCAGUGAGUGAUUGUCAUGUUUCCUUGUCUUAUCAGUUCAAGCUCCUGAUUUAGAAGAACUCCGAGAGGAGGGCUGUGUUUGAAGAGCUGGGUUGCAUUCCAAUAGUCCCUCAGUGGCAGCCAUGAUAAGAGCUGCUCAAAUUCUCUUGACCAGGGCUGCAUUCCAAUAGUCCAUUUAGCUUAGGAACCUUCCUAACGGAGUGAAAUGACCCGGAAGUCCCUCAGUGGCAGCCAUGAUAAGAGCUGAUUCUCUAGAUGAAAGGAGAGGAGGUUUCAAACUUCCUUUAUAGCCUCCUUUAGCUUAGGAACCACUGGACCUCCCUCACCGAGAGGAGAGGAGAAAAUGCUGCCCCACAAUGCAUUGCAGCCGCAGCAUUUGCCGUCACUCAACAGUCGGCCGUUCACGGAAACAACCGAUUAUGACGGAGAAAUGAUAUCAUGAAAGUUACGGUGCUCAUUAAGCUAAACGUAUGUGGUAAGUUGCCAAAGUGCUUUGUUCUGAACGUUCAUCAGUAUU